CACCAAAGGGUGAGGCUGUGUUUGACAUUUCUAACGCUGGCCGCCUAAUCAGCGCAGGUAAGCACCGGCGUACGGCGUUUGUUUAUGCCAAAAUAAAUCUAGUCCAAACAGGAGGGGGGUGGAAGAGAAGAGAAGGUCGAGGCCAUGGUCUAGGCGUCUAGCUAGCUGCCUCUCUCCCUAUAUAUACAAGGCCAUGGCAAGGCUCGUAAAGGGCUAGAGAAGAAAGGAUUGGAAGGCUACGGAAGCUAGCUGGUGAGAGAGGAGGAGGAGAGGGACCUUUGCCUUGCUCUAAGGAGAGAUAGCUUGUCUUCUGUGAAGGAGAUCGAGAUGAUCAAGGGAGACCAGCGGCAGCUUGGAGCUCAUGAAGAGCGGUUGAAAGAUCAGAUGAGAGAUGAUCAUCGGGCCUCAGAUGGCAAUUUUUUCAAGUUCUUGCAAAACCAGUCAAGCACAGAAAAAGAGGCUCAAGAAGACAAGAUUGCGUCCACAAGGGCAGAGAUGGGCGAAGUGAGAAAAGAGAACGAGAGGCUGAAGAUGAUGCUAUCACGGAUGGUGGAGGACCAUCGCUCCCUUCAGAAGCAAUUCGACGUUCUCCACCAGCAAGGGCGAGGCAAGAACCUCGCCGUUGGCUCACCGGAUCAUACAUCACCGGUCGACGGCCCCGGGUUCGUCUCUUUGCGCCUUGGAACGAGCGCCGUCAUGAGCAGGCAGAACAUGGGAGAAGAGAUCAAGGACAGCACUAAUAAUCCAGAUGGCAAGGGCAUCUUUCUUGGACUUUCAUCAGCCUGCGGAGCUGUUGGUGCAAGAACUGAUGGAAGUGAGACGAAGGUGCGGCCAGAUGUGGUGACAUUGAGCCCUCGAGGCAGCUCCGAGGGGGAGGCCGCGGAGACGACAACGUCAGCCGCAGCAAGCAAGAUGGCGAAGAACCCGAGAAUCACCGUCAGCGGCGCGGAAACGGAGGAGGAGGUGGCCCGGCAGCCACUGGCCAAGAAGGCCAGGGUGUCGGUGAGGGCAAGGUGUGACACACCAACGAUGAACGAUGGGUGCCAGUGGAGGAAGUACGGGCAGAAGAUAUCCAAGGGGAACCCGUGUCCACGCGCCUACUACCGCUGCACCGUCGCAACAGGGUGUCCCGUCAGAAAACAGGUGCAAAGAUGCGGGGAGGACAUGUCGAUCCUGAUCACCACCUAUGAGGGUGCGCACAACCACCCGUUGUCUGCCUCCGCCACCGCCAUGGCAUCCACCACCUCGGCCGCGGCAUCCAUGCUCAUGUCAGGCUCCUCUACCUCGCUCGGCUUCCCCUCUGCCGCCUCCAGCCUCCACGGCCUUCGGUUCGGCCUCCCGGGGGCGGCCAACAGUGCCUCCUCUAACAAGCUGGGUGGCCGACCGUUCUUCCUCCCGGCCGCCACCGGCGCGUCCAUCAGUGCUACCCCAUUGUACCCCACCAUUACACUUGACCUCACCUCGCAGGCCGCCUCACAGCAGGCCUUCUCCCUCAGCAAUAGCAACAGGUUCUCCUCCAGCUUCACCAGCUCUCAUGGCCACAGCGGUAACACUGGUAGGUACCCUUCGACGAGCUUCUCCUUCUCCGGCUCCGGCGCCAGUAGCCUGCCCGGCGCCACCGCAUGGCCGGCCGGAGUUGGAUCGUACCUGAGCUACAGAUCCUCGUCCGGUGCGCCCUACAACGGCGCCGGCAAGAGCUCGUUCGAGGCCGCGCUGAGCAGCAUCAAUGGAAGACAGCAAGGCUCGGCGGCAUUCCUCCACCAGUCGGUCACUACCAGAAUUUGAUACGUUGCCGAGGCCCAUGACCGUCGGCAUAGGGCCAAAAGCCGUCGGCAAAGGGUUACGCCGACGGUCCCCGUCGGCAACUCGUACGUCGGCGUACCUCAGGUCGGCCGUCGGCAUACAAAAACCGUCGGCAUAGUGAGCUAAGCCGAUGGGGGUCGUACCACCGUCGGCAUACAUACCCCGUCAGCAACAUUUUCCACCUGACGAACGUUGACGGCGCCACCUGACACGUGGCAGCUUCUGGGCGACCGUGGCCUGGUGGUACGCCGACGGUUAGGCCGUCGGCAUAGUUUUGGGCCUAUGCCGACAGCCCAACCUUCGGCAUAGCUCCGUGCCACGGCUGCCCAGGUGCUGCCACGUGUCAGAUACGCCGACGAUUAGGCCGUCGACAUAGGCCUAUGCCGACGGCCUAAUCGUCGGCGUAUCUGUGCGACAGGGUUUCCCAGGUGCUGCCACAUGCCAGCUACUGGUAUCACAGAGGCACUAUGCCGAUGGCCUAACCGUAGGCAUAGAUGCAAACCUAUAUUCAUGAAUGAAUAAUACAAAUGAUAUUGCAAAAAUUGAAUAAAAGAACUAUAUUCAUAAUAAAUGGAACAUUUCAAUUAUUUGGUCUGAAUAAUAAACAAUAGACUUUAUUAAUAUAAAUGUCAAUUACAAGUAUUUAGGAAUUACACUUGGAGGAAAAAGAAAUAAAAGAAAGGAAAAGUCCUAAACUAAACCUAUACUAAACUAUCUGGUUCUUCAUCUUCUGCUUCUUUCUUCCAGUUCAUCAACCUGCAAAAAAAGAAACAACAUAACCGUCGGCAUAGGUAUGCACUGUUUUUAUUUUUAAAAUUUUUGUGCUGCAUUUUUAAAAUUUUUAUAUAUGUAAAACUGUGUCUAUCAUAGCUUCCCACAGAACUAGUUAAGUGUCCCUAAACUUUUAACGGUUCAAAAGUUAUCAAAAAAUAUGAAAUAAAUAUGGGAGCAUCUCUCUAAUGUAAUAAGAUGAUCCAACGGAGGGAUUGUCAAAAUAUGCAUCUGUGUGUCCUCGGCAAAAAUAAUAAGCAUUUCAGCUCACUGCGACAUAAAUAUAUACUGAACUAUUUGUUUUUUUGUCCAGGACACAUAUAGUCGUAUUUUUUUAAUCCCUCCGUUGGAUCAUGCUAUUCGUCACCCCGAGCGAGGAAUAGUUAUUGUUCACCCCCCUCUAUUUUACCAUCAAUGCACCGUAAUUUUACGUUCCGUAAGUUUUGUUUUAUUUCUGAUGCAAAAAAGGGACGGUAAGAAAAUAUAUAAUCUCCGUAAAAAUAUUUUAUGUUACGUAAAAUUACAAACAUAAAAAUAUAGUGUAAAAUACACAUAAACGGCAAA